ACAGGAAUCCUAGGCGCGACCUCCUGCCUGGUUUUUCUCAGCUGAGGUUUGGGUCACAAGGCCCAACUGCCGCAGGCAGAUUCCCGCCUGCAGCAAAAUGGUGGCCAAAACCCGUGUCCUACCUGGGAUCCUGUGUCAAUUGAGGAUACCUGUGUCAACUGAAAACCAGGCCCAAAUUUGACCUAGGAUGACCGAAAGGCCACUCCUGCCAAGGUCCCUGCUACCUUCUUUAGUCCCAGUGGGUGGCCACACUCACCUUUCCUAGGAUGACAGCAGGAUGAAACAAGGCUGGAACCCAGGUCUCUAGCAACUCCUACAUCCUACAUGCCCUGCAGAAGUCUUGAAGCCCACACCCCAGGCUACCUCAUGAGGCUCCACUAAACCUAACUCCUGUCUGUUCCACAGGUAAGCCUCGAAGGGCGGUAGCUGUAUUGAAGUGAGGGUGCUUGUACUGAUCCAAUGCCUGGCGCCUGGCUCCAGCCAGCUCCAGUCAUAUUCUCUCAGGUCAGGGGCCUACAGGCCUGGAGUGGAGGGUGUGGGGCCAGAGUCACCCAAUCCUGCAGGGACAGGUUUCACAACUUCCCGGAUGGGGCCGUGGUGGAUCACAGUACAGUCCCUGGCCAAGAGGAUGGGGUGGCUCCUACUCUUGCUGCUUCUAACACGAAUUUUGGAGGCCCCAGGGCAGCGCUCACCACUAAACGACUUCCAAGUGCUUCGAGGCACAGAGCUGCAGCACUUGCUACAUGAAGUAGCUGGGUCUUGGCAGAAGGUCGUGGGAGAUGCUGAAGAGUGUGCUAAGCACUGUGGGGCUCGCCUGGACUGUCGUGCCUUUCACUACAACAUGAGCAGCCUCAGCUGCCAACUGCUGCCAUGGACGCAGCACUCGCCUCACACAAGGCUGCGGCGUUCUGCAAGCUGUGAUCUCUUCCAGAAGAAAGACUAUGUGCGAACAUGCAUUAUGGACAAUGGGGUUAGGUACCGGGGCAUCGUGGCCAAAACGGUAGAUGGCCUGCUCUGCCAAAGCUGGAACCACAAGUUCCCCAAUGACCACAAAUAUAAGCCCACACUCAGGAACGGCCUGGAAGAAAACUUCUGCCGCAAUCCUGAUGGGGACCUUGGAGGUCCUUGGUGCUAUACAACAGACCCUACAGUGCGCUUCCAGAGCUGUGGCAUCAAGUCCUGCAGGGAGGCUGCCUGUAUCUGGUGUAAUGGUGAGGAUUAUCGAGGUUCAGUGGACCACACAGAGUCGGGGCGAGAGUGCCAGCGCUGGGACCUGCAGCACCCACACGUGCACCCCUUUGAGCCUGACAAGUUCCUGGACAAAGAUCUGGAUGAUAACUACUGCCGGAAUCCUGAUGGCUCCGAGAGGCCCUGGUGUUACACCACAGAUCCAAAGCUUGAGAGGGAAUUCUGUAAUCUCCCCCGCUGUGGGUCCGAGGUACAGCCACAUCAGGAAGCCACGACUUUCCACUGCUUCCGAGGAAAAGGUGAAGGCUAUCGGGGAACUGCCAACACCACCACUGCAGGAGUGCCCUGCCAGCGCUGGGAGGCGCAGAGCCCACAUCAACACAGAUUCCUGCCUGAAAAAUAUGCCUGCAAGGACCUCCGGGAAAACUUCUGCCGGAACCCCGAUGGCUCAGAGGCCCCCUGGUGCUUCACAACAAGGCCUGGUAUGCGUGUGGCUUUCUGCUACCAGAUCCCCCGCUGCACCGAAGAAGUUGGGACCGAGGACUGCUACAAUGGCUCUGGGGAGCAAUACCGAGGCUCUGUCAACAAGACCCGCAAGGGUGUCCCGUGCCAGCACUGGUCUGCUGAAACACCACACAAGCCACAAUUCACACCCACCUCUGCCCCGUAUGCUCAGCUGAAGGAAAACUUCUGCCGGAACCCUGAUGGAGACAGCCAUGGCCCCUGGUGUUACACUACUGACCCAGGAACCUCCUUUGACUACUGUGCCCUGCGUCGUUGUAAUGAUGACCCACCAGUGUCCAUCCUGGACCCACCAGAUCAGGUUGAGUUUGAGAAAUGUGGCAAGAAGCUGGACAGGCCGCAUCAGUGGCUCUCUAAGCUGCGCAUAGUGGGGGGCCAUCCUGGGAACUCCCCCUGGACAGUCAGCUUGCGCAACAGGCAAGGCCAGCAUUUCUGCAGUGGGUCCCUAGUGAAGGAGCAGUGGGUGCUGACGGCCCGGCAAUGCUUCCCAUCCUGCCACGCGCCUCUCACAGGAUAUGAAGUAUGGUUGGGUACAAUGUUCCAGAACCCACAGCCUGAAGAGCCAGGCCUGCAACAGAUCCCAGUGGCUAAGAUAGUCUGUGGGCCCUCAGAUUCCCAGCUUGUCCUCCUCAAGCUGGAGAGACCUGUGACCCUGAAUCUGCGCGUGGCCCUGAUCUGCCUGCCCCCUGAACGCUAUGUGGUGCCUCCAGCAACAAUGUGUGAGAUCACAGGCUGGGGCGAGGCCAGAGGUCUAAGUCACAGGGUCCUAAAUGUGGCCUCGCUGAAUGUCAUCUCCAACCAGGAGUGUAACAUCAAGCACCGAGGGCGUGUACGGGAGAAUGAGAUGUGCACCAGGGCACUGAUGGUUCCUGUAGGAGCCUGUGAGGGUGACUACGGGGGCCCACUUGCCUGCUUUACCCAUGACUGCUGGGUCCUGGAGGGAAUUAUAAUCCCCAACCGAGUGUGUGCCAGGCCUGGCUGGCCAGCCAUCUUCCUGCGUGUCUCUGUGUUUGUGGACUGGAUUCACAAGGUCAUCCAGCUGGGCUAGACUUGGCCUUGGUCCCUUGACUUGGAAAGGCCAAAGUUCUGGUCAGACAUAAAGCCACCUUUCCUCUUUA